UCCGUCACACGUGUUGCUGGAUGCAGGUUCAGUAACUUCUUACGAACAUGACAGCUACCUUUCCUAGAACCUGUCUUGCACUUGCUGUUGUUGCUGUUUCUCUUUUGUUGACUGUUGGUAACACCGAUCAUGGAAUGACGCCUGCUGAUGAAAAAUGUGGAAACCAGAAAUUAUCAGAUGAUGAGGGUUUGGAUCCGCUCGGGUUCCUACAAACCAACGCUCAUUCACCGAUUGAAGGCUUCAUCAACGCCAGUGACAACAAUUGUACCUUUGAGAUAUGUCCCAAGAAAAUAUCUGUCUGUAGUUUGUUCUAAAAAUUAUUUGGUAAAUUGUGACAUAGGGCUUCAGGAUCAUGGGUAUAGCAUUGUUGAGCUACGUUCCCUCGUUCGUGGUAACGAUGAUUUGUCACUCGUGUUAAUUGUAGGCUUCAGGGAAGACGAGGAUACUAAAAUUAAGAGGUCCUUGUGGAUCCAGCUACCUAAACUUGGUCGACCGCUUGAGUUUGUUUGGAAGUUGAAUAUAACACAGGUGACAUUCAGUCAUAGUUUAGCCGCACCCGAACCCGCAGCCGCACAGGUAACCACAGCCAUACCCGGAACUGUCACCAAGACCUUUCUUCAAGGUUCAAACCCACCAUGCUUGUACUCCGAACGCUGGACACCACCCCCAAGUCAAGCGGGGCCUUUCACCGCGUCUGAAAACACUGCUUCACAGGGUCAAAUGGUUAAAGGGCAGUUCAUCGUCAAACCAAAUGAUAUCGAGAUGAGCAAACUGCCAAACGUCGAUCGUGAGCCUUAUGACCGAGACAGCAUAAACAGCAUGUACAACCAGGUGUUCUUCCACAGCGGAAACGUUUAA